CAGUGAUAGUGCCGAGUAAUCAAGCCACUGCUGGAUAAAGGCCUCCCCACACGCGUCGGUCGUGAGACGUGUUUGACCAUACUUCACCACGCUGGUCAAUGCAGGUUGAAGGUCGUCACACAGUAAGGGUUCAGAUACCACUCGCCACUCGCGUUAUCGAACUCACUAUCGCCGGGUUCAAAAGUGGAGUGCGCUAACCACUGCGCCACCACUCCACCCUGACCCUCGCAUUCCCGACUGAAAAACAUUUUGGAUUUCUGGAUUUUUUUUUUUUUUACAAAUCGCUUUAGCAAGUCAAAGAGCCACACAUCGCGUCUAAUUUGUGUGGCCUUUUAGAAGCACGAGUUUAUUGUUGUGUGUUUUCGUUGUGUGUGUGUCAUUGUGUGCGCUCAUGUGUGUGUGUCAUUGUUGUGUGCUGAGUAUGGGGGAGCGGUGGCGCAGCGGUUAACGCACUGCGCUAAGAUUCCCAGUGACAGCCAAUAUCUAAACCGGUCCUGGGCUGCCCCUAGGUCGAUUCAGCCUCAAAUAAGUAUCUGGUACGAUGCGUAAACAUCGCCAAUCGGGAGACAAAGGUUUCAGUUGUAUUUAUUUGGUGUAGCCCUGUGAGCCAUUCGGCUCUUGAAUCGGGUGCAACCGCAACAAACAAAAAACUUAAACAUGAAACAAAAACAUGAACAAGAAAACAUCUUAAAGUGCUCGCUAAUAGCACUUGCCCGAAAGGUCUAUGUAGGCUAUAUGGGUGGGGGGCAACUUUUACUUUGUUGCGUAUGUGCACAUCCCCACGUCUCUCUCUCUCCCCCUCUCGGUGGCAUUUGACAUUUUCCAUUUAAAUAAACGGGGAACAGGCCAAGUCUUGUUUAUUCAUUUCCACCAUGUGCGUGUCUGUGUGUGUGUAUGUGAGGCACCACCCUGUGUGCGUGUCUUUGUGUGUCUCUGUGUGUCUCUGUGUGUGAGAGGCUCCUAGAUACUUGAAAUAUCUGGACACAGAAUCCCAUCAUUGGUGAGCUCCUCCAGCAGAGGAGGCUUGCGUUGACUGGGUCACGUCGCCUGCAUGCCCAGCCACCGCGUGUCCAAGCAGCUUCUGUUUGGCCGUAUAGGGGAGGGGGUUGAACGACACGGGCUCGAGAAGAGAUGGAGCUGAUGCGGUACAGAUGGAUGUGAAGCUGAGUGGACUCGCCGUUGCGGUGUCAAGAUCGGCCUCUGUGGAGGAGGCUCGUGAAGGACGCUGCUGCUGCUACUGGGCAGUUGGAGGAAAUCGCCCUCCAGCAACAACGGAGGGCAGAGGAGCGACGCUCACAACAACGAGUGGUUCGCCGGGCGGAUAAAACGCAGGAAGUUGGCACAGUAGCGGCCACAGGCCAGUUAUCUCAGUCAGUCAACCCAUGGCACAUGGGUCUGUCCCGUGACCUCCUGCCAGCGGGCAUUCGACACUUCACGUGGCCUAAACGUGCACAUAGCCUGGCACGAGCGCCGUGGUGACGUCACAGCCACUUAGUGGCGAAUGGCGGUUGUUGUGGGUCUCUCCUCGGUCAACUCAGCCUCAAAUGAGUACCUGGUGCGGUGUGUAAAAAAAUCGCCACUAGGGAGACAAAGGCGACCGGGCGUGGUGCUGGCCACCCACCCCCUCGUGUGCCACAGUCCCGGCCUUCAUAGGUGCUCGCUAACAGCACUUGCCCCAACAGUCUGUUGAGGCUAUAUGGGGGAUCUUUGUCUUUGUGUGUGCGUGGGUGUGUCUGUAUAGUGGUGGGGAGCGGUGGUGUAGCGGUUAGCGCAAUGCGCUAUGAACCCGGCGGCCCGCUCACGGCCGACACCAGUGACGAUUAUCUGAACGGGUCCUGGGCCUCCCCUAGGCCGACUCAGCCUCAAAUGAGUACCCGGUGCGGUGUGUAAACAUCGCAACAAAGAGAGACGAAGGCGGCCGGGCGUGGUUGCUGGCCACCCGCCCCCUCGUGUGCCACAGUGCUGCUCGCUCACAGCACUUGCCCCAUCAGUCUGUUCAGGCUUUACGGGGGAUCUUUGUAUUUGUGUGUGUCUGUGUGGUUGUGACGCACCAGCCCGUGUGUGUAUCUCUGUGUAUCUGAGAGCGAGAGGAGAGCGAGAGGAGAGGGAGGGAGAGAGAUUUGAUCUCGAGAAGAAAGCUGCACUCUGUUCGCGACAAAGGCGGCCGGGCGUGGUCCUGGCCCACACGCCACCACGCUGUCGUGAGCAGUCUUGGCUUUCACAGCCGUGCAGCCCAGCGAUGUUCACAGCGGCCGGCGCUGCUGCCACGCUCGCGCUCACGCUGGUGCUGGCGUCUCGUCCGGCGCCAUCAUCGUCUUCGUCUCCGUCCAACUCCUCCUCCUCCUCCUCGUCUCCCUCCACCCCAGCUCGGCCCAACAUUGUGCUCGUCGUCUGCGACUCUAUGGACGGGCGGCUCGUGACGGCGCCGCGGUCGCCGGUGCCGCUGCCGUGGAUUGCGCGCCUGGCGGCGGCCGGGGCGGCCUUCGCCACGGCGUACACCAACUCGCCCGUGUGCUGCCCGUCCCGCGCCGCCCUCUGGAGCGGACUUCACACCCACGUCACCGCCGCGUGGAACAACCACAAGUGUCUGCCGCCAGGCUACCCGACGUGGCUCGACCGCCUGCGUGCCGAGGCCGGCUACACCACGGCCGUGUUCGGCAAGACGGACUUCACGUCGGGCGGACACUCGCUGAGCAACCGCGUGGAGGCGUGGACGCGCGGCGUGCCGGGGCUGCUGCUGCGCCAGGAGCCGAGGCCCCGCGCGCAGCUCGUGGGGGGCGAGCGCACGCGGAGGGUGCAGCUCCGCGACUGGAACAACACGGACCGCGCGGUCCGCUGGAUCCGCGACGUGGCGCCCGGGAAAGCUCCCUUCGCGCUCUACCUGGGCCUCAACCUGCCGCACCCGUACAAGACCCCGUCCGCCGGCCCCAACGCCGGCGCCUCCACCUUCCGCACGUCGCCAUUCUGGCUGCGCCGCGUGCGCCGCGGCGCCGUCGUGGUGCCGCGCUGGCUGCCGCCCGACGAGACCCACCCCUCCGACGCGUACGCCACCUUCGUCAAGAACUGCUCGGGCCCCUUCGCCGACGACGAGGUCAUCGCGGUGCGCGCCGCCUACUACGCCAUGUGCGCCGAGACGGACGCCAUGCUGGGUGCGGUGGUGCGCGCGCUGGGCGCCGCGGGCUUCCACCUGCAUGGCGACACCUACGUGGCGUUCACGUGCGACCACGGCGAGCUGGCGCUGGAGCACCGGCAGUACUACAAGAUGAGCAUGUACGAGGGCAGCGCGCGCGUGCCGCUCGUCAUCGCCGGGCCCAGGGUGCGGCCGCGGACGCAGCACCGUGGUGGCGAUCGUGGUGGUCGCGGUGGUUGUGGUGACGGUAGUGUUGCUGGUGGUGGUGGCAAUGACGGUGAUGGUGAGCAUGGUGGUGGUGAUGGCGGCAGUGGUUUUAGCGGUAGUGCUGGUGGCAGUAGUGGCGAUCGUGGCGGUGGCGGUGGCAGUAAAGGUGGUGGUCGUGGUGGUCGUGAUGGUGGCGAAAGUACCGGUGGUGGUCGAGGUGGCACUUGCAGCUAUGCUGGUGGUCAAGGUGCUGCUGGUGGUGGUCAUGGUGGUGCUGGUGUUGGUGGUGCUGGUGUUGGUGGUGCUGGUGUUGGUGGUGUUGGUGGUGGUGGUGCUGGUGUUGGUGGUGCUGGUGUUGGUGGUGCUGGUGUUGGUGGUGUUGGUGUUGGUGGUGCUGAUGUUGGUGGUGCUGGUGUUGGUGGUGCUGGUGUUGGUGGUGCUGGUGGUGCUGGUGUUGGUGGUGCUGGUGUUGGUGGUGUUGGUGUUGGUGGUGCUGGUGUUGGUGGUGCUGGUGUUGGUGGUGCUGGUGUUGGUGGUGCUGGUGUUGGUGGUGCUGGUGGUGGUGGUGCUGGUGUUGGUGGUGUUGGUGGUGGUGGUGCUGGUGUUGGUGGUGCUGGUGUUGGUGGUGCUGGUGUUGGUGGUGCUGGUGGUGGUGCUGGUGGUGGUGGUGCUGGUGUUGGUGGUGUUGGUGGUGGUGCUGGUGUUGGUGGUGCUGGUGUUGGUGUUGCUGGCAGUCGUGGCGGUGGUGAGUGGACGACGAGGUCAGUCCUCGAGCAGACGUUGGUGUCCCUCGUGGACAUCUACCCGACCAUGAUGGAUAUAGCGGGGCUGCCCGUGGACCCGCGUCUCAAUGGGACGUCUCUGCUCAAGCUGCUGGAGCGACGGGGACGCACGGCACGCGCACGGAAGGGCGGCGGUGACGGCGUUCGUGAUAAUGAUGUCGGUGGCGUUUUUCAUGACGGCGUCGGUGAUAGAAAUUUUCACGCACCUCAAUCUCUUCAACGGCAUCGAAAUAAUUACCACCGUCAUCACCGCCAUCACGCUGCCCAAAAUACCAUCACCGUCGGUAGUGAGCAUGCCGCUGAUGGCAACCAACAGCGACACCAAACUCAACAUCGCCGUCGUCGUCCUCAUCGUCGCCAGCACCGCAUUCAUAACGCAACCAACUGCAACCUUCAAAACGACGCCGAUGAAAACGAGCAGGACGACGAGGCGACCUCCUCCACUCGCCGUGACCUCGUCAAACUGUCCCGCGGCCACCGCUGGGCGCUGAGCCAGUUCCACGGCAGCGACCUCAACGAGUCGGCGUAUAUGCUGCGCGUGUCGCGCUGGAAGCUCGUGGCCUACGGCGAGGGGCCCUCCUCUUCCGCGACGCGGCCGCAGCUCUUCGACCUCGUCGCCGACCCCGAGGAGCUGCUCGACCUGUCGGCGUCGCGACCCCACCUGACCUCUCGCCUCGAAGCGGCGCUCCGCUCGCUGAUCGACUACCCGGCGGUGACGCGCACCGCGCGCCGCUACGACCGCGACGCCUUCCUCGAGUGGCGCGCCGCCGCCGGGCCGCGCUACCGUGAGGCCAUCGCGGGCCUGCGCUGGUACCGCGACUGGGCCGAGGACCCGCGGGGAAACCUCGAGGCCAUCGACGCCUGGCUCGAGCGAGGGGAGUGAUCACCAGUGGGGGGGGGGGGGGGGGGGGGUGGCACGUGCCCCCCCAAUGAUGCGUUCGAAAUCCCUAAUUUCGAUCGGAUCAUUGGGGUUUAUUAGUAAUAAAUAGGCAUUUUGCGACCCCCACUGCCACUGUGUAGCAUAUUAUUACUUGCCAGGGACUCUAUGAGAUGACAAUAGUCUGAGUCUAUAAUUGGCAUUAAGUAACGGCAAAGCAGUUAUAAGUGACUCAGAAUUGUGCGCAGUUGCGUAGAUAGUACACGACUUCCCUGAAGGCAUCAACACCUUCAGCGAGCACGAUGCCGAUCACACCACGCGGUUCGAAUUCGACCCUCGAUCGAUGGCUGCGCCAUCGCCGCACACGCGUCGAAUAAAAAGCAAGGGACAAGUCCUUACUUACUAACAACUCCUCUAUCAUUUUUCAUUGCUGGAGGGGUUGCCUCCCGUACCUGAAAAUCCUGGCUCCGCCAUUGGCAGGGAUGUCCGUCAGUCCGGUUCGGUGACCCGGGAAACGUCUUUUUCGCGCAACCCGGCACACCGCGUCCAGUAUGCCUCCUCUCGCUACGGUUUGUGGGCUACUAAUAAUCACGCGCCACUUACCAGCGACCUGUAAAAUAUUUAGCGAGGGGUUUAAGCCGUGGAAUUAUUUCGCAUGACUGUGGCUGCGGUACCAGUGCGGUGCUCUGGGAAACGCGGCUGGGACUCAACUACAGCGAGGAGAUCACGGUCACCAUCGGCUCCAAACCCUCCAACAUCACCGUGAGCUUAAGUGGACUAUGGUGAGGUGGACAACCGUAGAUACGGCCCGAAAUACUGUAUGUACCGUGUGUUGAACUUCUUUCGCACCGUACGUACCCAACCGUGUUAAUCGGAGGUGUGGGGGAAGGACAACAAACUCAACACAAAUAGCAGUUCUAAAGAAAUGAGUUUUAAAUUUCAAUUUUAAAUUGCAGAGCUCCAGUGGCCUCAUAGUAUGGGAAGGAAGAGCGUUUCAGACGUCGUGUUCUAUUAUCCUCCUGCCUACAGAUGAACGUGUCGACUGGUAGUUUGUGAUCUGCGUGUUGACUUGUAGGUAGGCCUGUAAAGUGUGAUGGUUUCUACCUUGAGUAUUAAUUUCUGUUUUAAAUAAACCUUACUUUUAAAAUAUAAUACGUUUU